GUUGCCCGUGCAGGCAAGCGAGUAAGUCCGCGCGUGCGCAUUGCGCGCGGUUCGUGGAGUCGCGGUCUCCCGUGGGUAUUCCUGCAAAUGGGUUCCGUGGCCUAGUGCCCCACGCAUUACCACCCGUGACCGUGCGCCGAGGUCUCCACAGCGCGCGGGUCCUGAAGGAUGGCAGCCAUCCCUUCUAGCGGCUCGCUCGUGGCUACCCAUGACUACUACCGGCGACGCCUGGGCUCCUCGUCCAGCAGCAGCUCCUGCGGAAGUGCAGAAUACCCCGGGGACACCGUGCCCCACCCCCCGGGUCUCCCCAGGGCCGACCCUGGCCACUGGUGGGCCAGCUUCUUUUUCGGGAAGUCCACCCUCCCAUUCAUGACCACAGUGUUGGAGUCUCCUGAACACUCGGCAGAAUCCCCCCAGGCCUCCAGAAGCCUGGCUCCUGAAACCAUGAAGCAGCAGCCAGUCGUCCAUCCAGGCCAGGCCAACAGGAAGGCCCCGUCCUGACCUAGCAGAACCACAGCAAACCCAACUUCAGUGGUGCUAGGCCAGAAUCCCACCCACCCCACCCUGUAAACUAGGAAGGUUGCACAAGCAACAGACACCAGCAGAAGCUAGUGGAAGCACCCCUGUUGGUACACAGUACUGAGCUUUCCUGAUCCCGUAACUGUGCCUUGCACCAAGCAGAAAAUAAACUCCCAGCAGCCAUCCUCCCCA